AACUGUUGACAAGCCUUCUUCAAGAGGUGCAUCCAUGGAUUGAACAGACAGAUUUUGAAACGGAAAGAUUUUUUAUUGUAACGUUUUUGAGAAGACUUGGAAUUAAAUUAGACGAAUACCAUCUCCUGGUUGAAAAACAGAAGAAGCUAAGAACAACCAAAAACGUUUUUGAGUAUAUCCGAAUUCAAGGCAUUUCGAAGUAUCUCAAAGCAUCAGAACAGAACAAGCUGAUUGAUUUUCAAAACCUAAGACCAAUCAUCUCAGUGGACGUCUACAUCCUCGGCAACAUCAACAAAAAGUUGGAAGAGUAAAUGAGAAACAAGUCAGUUUGAGAACCUUCUUGGAACAAAAUCCUGAGUUAAAAGAAAGUCAAUUGACUGAUAGUGACUAUAGUUGCUUGCUACAUAGGUAUUCCUUCAGUGCUCAGUAACCAUGCUUAACAGCUCAGCACUUGUGUCUGUGAUGAAGGUGGUCAUGAUGAUGCUGGUGUUUGUGGGGACAGGAGUGGAGGCGGCACCCACUGACAGAGGCUUUGCAAAAACUCUUCCCAGUCUCACUCAUGCAUCAGCUGUACCAGAGAAGACAAAUCCUAGCCAGUUCCUGAAACACUGGCUUCUGAGUACCAAAGCAGCAGGAGUGGAUGGGACAAACGAGAACUGACAAAACCACGACAAGGACCAUCACUGCGGGCGUCAGGGAAGGGAGGGUUGAGGAGCAGCCCGGAGACAAGCAGGGCCAGAUAAACGGGGCCAGAUGCUGAAGAUGAUCUCAGCCAUGGACGAGCUGCACCGGGCGUUUAACAGCACACGGAGCUCCAGGAUCACCAUCAUGCCAAGAGCAAAUGGCAAACAUUCAGGGAGGAAAAAUAGAGUGCACCCUGCUGCUGAGGGAGGGGUGAAGCCCACCACAGUGGCCCCAUCAGCAGUCAGCAGCACUGCGUCCAGAGCCAGUGCGGAUGUCCUCGUCCCCAGUCUGACUGGUCGAAAUGUCAAGAAGUCCCUCCCAACGCAGACCAAGAAGACCAACAAAAGAGUGUGUUUCUGGAAGUACUGCUCCCAGAACUGAUGGUCUCCAUCCAUCCAUCCAUCCAUCCAUCAACCCCUGCAUUUACAAUCAUACGGCAGUUACAAAAACCUGAAGACCUUGCCUCACUCUCCC